AUGAGCGCCAGCGCAAGUAGGACGAGGGGAGUCUAUAGCAUGUUUGGGAAUGCUGCGCAAGAAGCGAUGUCAGAUCAGGGGCCGCCUCAUGCCAGCUCCUCCUCCUCUACUUACAAUGCACUAGACGACUGGACGGCGGCAGCAGGGCCAGAAAAGACGCUCGAUCUCGUCUUUAUUAUGGAUGCUACGGGAUCGAUGGGCUCUUACAUCGCCUCUGCAACGAAGAAUAUCGAAGCGAUCUGCGAGCAUAGAGCACUGAAGAUCAUUCACUCAGAGAAGUUGUCCGGCAGGGAUGCUCUGCGCUUGGGCCUCCUCGCCUAUCGGGAUCAUCCCCCUCAGGAUCACACUUACAUUGUCAAGAAUUUCGGAUUUACGACCAAAGUGGCAGAGAUGAAAGAGAAUCUCAAGUCCCUCUACGCAUCGGGAGGCGGUGACGGGCCUGAAGCUGUGACAGCUGCGCUCAAGGCGGCCACGGAGCUUGAUUGGCGACCGAGCGCAACAAGGAUGGCCGUUCUAAUCGCUGAUGCACCUCCUCACGGAAUUGGAGAAUACGGCGAUGGCUUCCCUAAUGGCUCCCCGGAUGAGGCGGACCCUUUGCAGAUUGCCAGGCAAAUGGCCACUGCCGGUAUUCCUCUCUUCAUGAUCGCCUGCGAGCCUGGUCUCAGCGGCUACCUCUUCGCCACGGAUUUUUUCCAGGCUUUGGUGCGCAUCACUGGGUCCCAACUGCUCCCCCUAACGUCUGCAAGCCUUUUGGCUCACGUAAUCAUUGGAGCGGCGGGCGAGGCGAUGGAUCUCGAUCGGCUUCAUCGAGAGGUGGGAGAUGCAGUGGUUGACAGACUACGAUCGAUGAGCCUCGAAGGUCAGGCAGCUGGCGCUGGACCGGGCGAUGUCAUGGACGAGGUCACAAAAGAGCUCCACCAAAGCUUGAGCCUACGUAAUGAAGAGACGAAGCAGCUUCUCAUUGAGAACAUUUAUAAAGAGAGCGAAGAGUCCAAGCACAAUAUUGAUGUGUGGCUGAAUGCGCCAAAUAUCGCUGCUGCUCGACCUCACCUUAAAAAGGUCAUCGGUUCGCGAUUGUCAGAUCGAUACAGACAGACACGCAACGUCUCCUAUUCCGACUAUCCGCAUCCGAGGAUGAGCAAGGCUACUGGUAUCGUUGCCACGGACGUCUACGCUGCCAGCCACGCUGCGGUCCCGUCCUCCCCGGAUCACGGCCAACGAAAGGUGGUCUCCGACUUUAACACCUUCAGCGCUGGUCCAGGCAUGUCAUUCUCGGGUGCAGGCUCGCCACCGGCGCAAGACAGGAACUCCUCGACAUUCUCUUCACCGCGAGCAACGUCGCGAGAUCGCGUGAGACACAGUAUGAUGGAUGACGACGAUAAUGACAGUGACGAGGAAGAUGCGAGGCCUGCAAAACCGCUUCCGGUCGAGGUGACGGAAGAUGGGACGAUGGAAAUAAAGGGAGAUGACGGGCAGAUCCUAGCCUACAGGCAAGGUGCCAUCAGUAUGGAGCAAGUUCGCAGGCUAGCCAUCCAGAGCGCCUAUCGAGGUGGGCUGGCCGCCUGA